AUGCCCCACACCCUUGCGGCCCUGCUCUGCCUGGGGCUGAGCAUGGGCCUGAGGACCCCAGUGCAGGCAGGGACCCUCCCCAAACUGACCCUCCCCAAACUGACCCUCUGGGCUGAGCCAGGUGCUGUGAUCCCCUGGGAGACCUCAGUGACCAUCUGGUCUCAGGGAACCCUACAAGCUGAGGAGUACCAUUUGUAUAAAGAUGGAAGUUCAGAGCCCUGGUUCAAACAGAAGUCACUAAAUCCCAGGUACGAGACCAAGUUUCCCAUCACACAGAUGACAGAGUGCUCUGCAGGGAGAUAUCAGUGUUACUAUCUCAGCCAACAUGUCUGGUCAGAAAGCAGUCACCCCCUGGAGCUGGUGGUGACAGGCAUAUUUUACUACAAACCCAAACUCUCAGCUUUGCCCAGCCCUGUUGUGACCUCAGGAGGGAACAUGACCCUCCAGUGUGGCUCACGGCAGGAUCUUGACAGGUUCAUUCUGACUAAGGAAGGAGAAGACAGGCUCUCCUGGACGCUGGACUCACAGCAACACCCCAGUGGGCAGUUUCAGGCCCUGUUCCCAGUGGGCCCUGUGAUCCCCAGACAGAGUGGGACUUUCAGAUGCUAUGCUUAUUACAGGCACACCCCCCAGCUGUGGUCACCACCCAGUGACCCCCUGGAGCUCCUGGUCAGAGGAGCAGCUGACACCAUCAGCCCAUCACACAACAGCUCAGAUAACACGAGCAACUCCCACCCCCAAGACUACACAGUGGGGAAUCUCAUCCACAUGGACGUGGCUCUGCUGGUCCUGGUGGUCCUCGGGGUCCUGCUGUUUCAGGCUCGAGACAGUGAGAGAAUGGCCCAGGCUGCCGCCAAGACCUGA